AGUGAAGAGAAUUUAAUAACAGACCAUGUUCAAAUCUGCGUGUUUUAAAAUGUAGACAAAAUAUCAGGGCUAAAGUACGCCCUCAUUCAACGCUGGUGUGUUGACUUCAAUUCGCCGUGUUUACACAUCGUUGAAUACAGUGGUUUAUAAUAGAGCGUGUUCUCAUGCCAACUGUGUACAGUGUUUAAUACAUUAGAGCUGCGAGGCCUAGAUUUAAAGAUUCUAAAAAUCCCGAAAUUCUGUUGAUGCAGUGGAUGUAUUACCACUGUUCGACUUGGAUAGUGUCAGUCUAAUACUAGGUCUUAAGGUCUAGUUUCAUUUUGAUCUCAUUCUAUUUUGAGGUGUAGUAAUGGGUGAGGUCACUGGAAAUAAGGAUGUAGAUCAGAAGGUCUACCUACCUCCGUGCAAAGUCUGCGGGGACCAGGCAGCAGGCUUUCAUUAUGGAGUGAAUACAUGCGAGGCUUGCAAGGGUUUCUUUCAUCGCAGUUUAAGACGCCACAAGGAGUACUCCUGCAGAGCCAACAGGACAUCAGGGUACUGCGAGUACAUGCCGGGAAAGCGAAAGUCGUGCCAGUACUGUCGUUACCAGAAGUGCCUGCAAGUUGGCAUGUCCAAGGGAGCCAUCAAGACUGGGCGUUACACUUAUGUGAAGAGAACAGAAGAUACUAAGGAAAUACAAAGGUUACAGGUGGACAGGACUAGUGAUAAUACAGGCUAUUCAUCUGAUGGCAACGAUUUGAAAAAGAAAGUGCGCUCCCUUGGCGGGGAGGUCAGUCCAGGAGGCAGCAGCACCGAUAGCAUAUCAGAGCGGGAACAUCUUCUAGAACUUUCUACCAGUGUGGCACACGACACCUUAAACGAGACUUGUAACGAAAUGCGUGCCCAGAACGUGGAUAAAGAUGAGUCCAAUGACUGUAACCUACAGCAUGGGAAUGAGGGCGUUUCCGGAAGAGAUCCAACUCAGGAAGGUGUAGUGGACAGUUCUAAAAGUGCCGCCAUCUCUUCCGUGUCGUCUGCCAUCAGCCGGUACAAGGCGGAGCUGAUCAACAGAAUGAUGAAAAGCUGUGCUAGUUUUCUUACCCAGAGAUCCCAGAGCGAGGCGCCACUCCACUCUCAGAAUGGCGCUAGCCCCUGUGGUGCAGUGCCAAUUUCGAAAAUCUGCUGCGUAGAAAAGAAAGCUAAUGCCUGCCAGCUCAAUCUGGUCGAAGACAGUCGGCUUAGAGCAGACGUUUCCAAGACUCGCAUGCCCACGCCUAUGAAACACUCGGCUGUGUGUCCGUCAGUGGUUAGUGAACUCAUUACAGAGUGUAGCACAAACUUGGACUCACGGCUGGGCCAAAAUGUUAAUUCAACACACUCUAGCUUGACAAUGCCCUACUUUAAUACGGGAGUUGCUUCUUGUGAAGCAGAAACAUCUUCGUUACCUCCCGAGGAGAAUAUAGCUCUACACAUUAUGGAGGAAUACAUUAACACUCAUGUUGGCAUGACAAGCAGCUCACACUCUCAUCAGCUACUUAGCCCAGUCCAGUCCUUGUUGACAGCGCCCACCCCGACCAGCCCCAACCUGCAGCCAUCGCCGCUGUCCUCGCCUACAUCAUCGGACGACAUCUUCUACCAAGCGUUCGAUCCGCCUGCCCAGAUGACCGCCAGCUCCGUGCCAGAGCUCUUCCGGGACCGAGACAGGAUUAUAAGCCUCCUGACAGAGUCUCACCGGGAAAACGUCCGUGAGUUCCAAGACUUUAACCUGAUGCCGAGAGAAGAACUAAGGCGGCAGCAGCUGGCUCAUUACGAGACUUGUACUCUGAAGAAUAAAACAUUCGGUCGAUUAGAUUUUUUACCUGAGAAUGAAUAUGAUGAGAUUUACUCUGUGACUGGAAUGGAUAUCGAUAAUAGGAGACGUGUCAUCAGCAACUACUUGACCAAAAUGGAAAAGUGUGUUCGGAGUAUUGUCCUCUUUGCCAAGUCUAUCCCAGGAUUCUCUGGGCUGGACAUCAACACACAGGUGGAACUCAUCAAGUCUUCCCGAUCUGAGUUUGCUAUUCUGACGUCGUAUCCCACCGUGGACCUUGAACUUGGCGUGACCAUCGGACUUUGCGGCUUCUGGACUUGCAAAUACGAGUCUGAGAAAAUCGGCACGGACGAGGCUAUCAAAGAUUACAUGAAAUUUGCUGACGCACUUCAGAAGUUGGAUCUGACCUAUGAGGAAGUAGUCCUGUUGAAGGCAGUCAGCGUAAUGACCACAGAUCGUGACUCCGCCAUCACCUCGUCACUGGCUGAAGCCAUUCGCUGGGAACUGUGUCAAUGUCUGCUACAUUGUCUGCAGAGACGUCACGAGAAUCCGAUGAGGCAAUUGGCCAGGUACAUCUCGGCAUUGACCCAGAUACGCACCGUCUCUGACCAAUUCCAAGACUUUUUGAAAACUCUACGACUGGACAAAUACUCGAGCAUUGAGCAGAACCCACUUCUGCUAGAGCUGUUUAGUUCUAUCAUACACGAGACGGGCGAGAGCCCUGGAGACAAUGGCAAGAAGGAUGUUAGUGAGGAGAGCAACAUAUGUCUUCUGCCAACAGUCCUAUGCAGUUGUCAGCAGCCACCGCAGUCUGUGGAUUGAAUCGAUAUUAGCCCUCUGUGGACUUAUUCAGUUGUCAGCAGCCACGGCAGUAUGAGGAUUGAACCAAUAUAAGCCUUCUGUGGACAGUCCUAUGCAGCUGUCAGCAUCCACGGCAGUCUGUGGAUUGAAUCGAUAUUAGCCCUCUGUGGACAGUCCUAUGCAGUUGUCAGCAGCCACGGCAGUCUGUGGAUUGAAUCAAUUUAAAGCCUUAUGUUGACAAGCUUAUGCAGUUGUCAGCAGCCACAGCAGUCUGUGGAUUGAUGUAUGCCCCGUGUCGUCAGUACUAUACAACUGUCAACACAGUCUGUAAAUUAAAUUUCAAGUGAAAUGUGCUUACAUAUGUCAAUACCAUGCAGCUGUUUGCAGCCAUCGUGGUUUAUGGAUCAGUGAAUUCAAGCAAAAUGUGUCUUCUCCAUUUAGUACUGCCCUCAUCCAGCAAAAUUUGUGGAUCUUUUGUUUUAAGCGAAAUAUACAUUCUUCCACUAUUGAAAUGCAAAAGUACGCUCUUAGUGCAGAGUUUGAAUUGGGAAACAGUGUUUUGUCUUUUAGGGGUAAUACUUUAAAGUUGGUAUUUAUUAUAUCAGACUGUGUUUAUAAUCAUCAUAUACUUUCUACUGUUAUCCUGGUCAGUGGAUGUAAUAAAUGCAAGUGUGAAGACAGUCAAGUGUAGGAGUCAGCAGCCACAGCAAUGUGUGAUACUGCCAGAGAGUUCGUCUCUUUGUCUCUUUUUAGAGAGCGCUGAUCCCAGUGAGUCCUUGUCUUUCAGUUAUACACAGACAGUUGCCAGCAGCUGUCCUUGUCUAUGGAUUAAAUAAAUGCAAGUGUUGUGUAGACAGUCAACUGUAGGAGCCAGCAGCCACAGCAAUGUGUGAUACUUAAUGCCUGAGAGUUCGUCUCUUUGUCUCUUUCUAGAGAGCGCUGAUCCCUGUGAGUCCUUGUCUUUCCGUUAUACACCAAAUCUGCUAUUUGGACUCAGUAUAAAAACAACUUUAGGCAAUGUGUUACACUGAAUGUAUCAAUUUCCAUGCAACAUGGAUCACUUUGACAUAAAUGUUAUGUCCACAGAUGGAAUUUUAAUAUUGUGAAUUUAGAUUUUCACACUCUAUCUUGUCAAAUUAUUGGACUAUCUGAUACUAUAUGAUGUUAAAAGUUGUAUUGAAAUGUGAUGUUUCUUUGUUAAAUUAGUAAUAGAAUUAUUGGUGUCAA